GGUUCUUGCCCUGCCGCCAUGGACUACCGCUCCCAACACCAACAAAAGUCAGCAAGGUCUGUGGUGUAUGCCUCAGUUGCGGGCUUCGUGCUCGUUUUCCUAUUGUGGAACGCAUACUUCAGGCCAGUGGUUGUAACACCUACCGGCCCUGUGGUGACUAAGGCGGUUGCCGUGCUCAACGGCAACACUGUCAAAGGAACUGUUACAUUCUCGCAGUCCUCACCCACCGGCCCAGUAAAGAUCACUGGCAAAGUAACCGGUCUCGAUCAAAACGCAAAGCGUGGAUUCCAUGUACACGCCUUCGGGGAUGUCUCUGGCGGAUGCGCCAGCACGGGCUCUCAUUUCAACCCGGCUGGUGUCACACACGGCGCACCCUCCGAUGCUAAGGAUUCACGCCAUGUUGGAGAUCUGGGAAACAUCCUCUCCGAUAAUGACGGCGUCGCCACCCUCGACUUUGGCGACGCCUUGAUCUCCCUGACCGGUCCGAACAGCAUUGUUGGCCGCGCGGUGGUUGUGCAUGAGGGCACUGACGACCUAGGACGCGGUGAUAGCGACGAGUCUUUGAAGACCGGAAAUGCCGGGGGAAGGGCAGCGUGCGGUGUCAUCGGGUUGACCGAACUGGCUUGAAGGUUGAUUCAAACGAAGGCCCAUUCAGGAUUCUACCGAUCACCAGGCUGGACGUUCAUCCAUACAGUAGUUAUGUAGAGUACUAUUGCUUCGUAGUACUUUGCUCGUAUGCCCUGCACGGGCUGCGCAUUGUACAUGUGCUCGGCAAUUGCCGGUAUGUACGUACGUAAGUAUGAGCGAACGCGCGCGUUCGACCCUUCGAGCGUGACACGCAAUAU